GCCAGGGCAGCUGCUCCUCAGCCAGCCGGGACACUGGGCCUGCGGAGAGACGGCCUGCAAGAGGGGCCAUUUCACCUGGAGCUGUUCUCUCAGCAGCGCAAGAUGCAGUUAUCUGCUACCCGCUCCACGAUUAGAACUGUUUCUUCGUCAUGGCAUGUGGACUGGACAGAUGCCACGUCCCUGUUAGUCUGGGAGGACUUCAGGGAAACAAGGAGGUUGCAGCAUGCACCCAGUUAGGUGAUGGGGAUCUUCUUGCACUGGUCUUUUCUUUCUGGAGCGCAUCCUGAUAUCCUUUGUCAUCCAGAGCUUUCCCCUCUGUUGCUAAGAAGAGUGAUGGUCGUGAUGAGGACUAAAUCCGGUUUCACUGCUUUGACAGAGAAAUUCAUCCAGAGGAGCGGCCCAGACAGAGGCACUGAUGAGCUGGCGCAAACCCUCAAUGACUACCUGUGUGACAUUUUGGAGGAGAUGCUGAUUUUUGGAGGAGACAUCUUUAAGUUUGCUGGGGAUGCUGUGCUGGUGCUGUGGAGAGCACCACCCCGGGAGCUGGCUAAGACCAUCAGCCUGCUGCUGCAAUGUAGCCGGCAGAUCCAGAGGAAGUAUGGGAAUCGUGACACGCGCGUGGGUCAGAAGGUCCGACUGAAGAUAGGGAUCUCUGCAGGGCCCAUGGACCUCCUGCUAGUCGGAGACAGGAGGCGGCAGUACUUCUUGAUCUGUGGCCAGGCCCUGGAUGAAGUUCGUGAGGCCGAAGAGCUUGCGAACGCAGGUGAAGUAAUCCUCUCGGCCACCUCCUGGGAGCUCUGUGAGCAGCACCGGCUCAGGACCAGGCGCCCUGCAGGCAAAAGAGCUGUGAAGGUUACAGGCAUGGAUCGGAUGUCUUGGUCAGAAUGCCAAGACGCUUUACGCAAGCUUGUGCAACACCCAAGGAGCCGCCGCUUGGAAGGGGAAGGUGCCAUGAGGCCCGCUCUUCCCCUGCCCAGCGGUCCUAAUGCGCACGACAUGCUUAGCAAGUACAUAUCAGAAGCUGCUCUCAGGAAGCUUGAUGACAGAGUGCCGCUGGAACUCUUCUCUGAGCUACGGCCAGUCACCAGCCUCUUCGUCCAACUGCAGUUGACUGCAGGUAUCAACACAGUGGCCAUCCACACCGCCGUCCACGAUGCCAGCAGGAUGAUGCUGGAAAUCCUCUGUCCUCACAAAGGCGAAAUCAACAAAAUCGUCCUGUUUGAUAAAGGCUGCGUGUUCCUCUGUGUGUUUGGCCUCGGCGGAGAAAAGCUGCCCUACGAGAGCAUUCACGCCUUGCAGAGUGCUAGUCAGAUCUUCAAUUCCUGCUCCAUGAUGCUCAUGGAAACAGAGGCGGUGUCUGUUGCAGUUACCAGUGGGACGGUGUUCUGCGGAGUCACCGGCCACCCUCUGAGGCAUGAAUACACAGUCAUUGGCCAGAAGGUGAAUUUGGCAGCCCGGAUGAUGGUGCACUACCCUGGGCUGGUGUCCUGUGAUGCAGUGACCUACGCCUCCUCUCGGCUGCCCCCUUACUACUUCAAGGAGCUGCCGGAGAGAAAGAUGAAAGGCCUCAGUCAUCCUGGCACUGUCUAUCAAUAUGUGGGGAUCACCAAGAAGAGCAUAUUUGGCAUGGGUCUUGCCAAGAAGAGGUCAGAGUACGCCCCCUUACUGGGUCGGGAGAAGGAGAUUGACCUCUUUGGCAGCUGCUUGAAAGCCUACGAGGACUUAGGACAAAGGCACAUCCUGGCAUUUGAGGGACGAUGGGCUCCGGAAAGAGCCACUUACUUACCGAACUGGCCUAUUUCAGCCAGGCUGCUGGCCACAGGGGGACGUAGCGAGACCUGGGCCGGCGCUGGGGAGACACAAGAGUCUGGACCCGGCUCUCCCGGUGGCUUGGCAGCAACUGCCCCUCUGUGCCCUUUCUCGGUAGUUGCCAUGGAACUGCUAGAGGUCAACAUGAAGCAGUCCUUCUGUGCCAUCCGUACGCUGAUGGCCAGGGCCCUGGGCCUCCAGGACUGUGAACAGUGCGGUGCCAGGCAGCACACGCUGCAGACAGAGCUCCGAGGGACAAUUGAAGAGAGCAGCUUUUACCUCCUCAAUGACAUUUUCCUUGUCGAGUCUGGCCAGUUUCCCGUUUCGGACAAGGUUCGCGAGAUGCGUGGAAUUGAAAGAAAAAAGGAGUUGCACUCGACUUGGGCAAAAGUGCUAGAGAAGACCAUUGGAGGAGAAUUUGGCAUAUUCGUCAUUGACAAUGCCCAUUUCAUCGACCCUGCCUCCUGGAGUAUCAUGUCACCCCUGCUCCGAAAUGUCUCCUACUUCAUGGUCAUGAGCUUAGCGCCGGGCUACGCAAGAACAGAGGGCUUUUGCAAAGCUGCAGCAGACAACACAACGUCCCAGAAAAUCACCUAUCUUCGUCUGGAUGAGCUGAAACCUUCAGCUGCGGUGCAGACAGUCUGCCAGAACCUUAGAGUGGACAGCACAGAUCUAGCGAGGUUCCUGAUCCAAAGAAGCUCGGGGAUCCCGUAUUACUGCAAGGAGCUGCUGGGCUGCCUUCUUUGCAACGACAUGCUCUUGCUCCGCACCCGGAGGCGGGCUGAAAAAGCAGAGGACAACUGGGAGAGCCUGAUCAUUGAGGCUUCACCCCUCGCAGCAACCUCGAGCUCCAGCGCGGGGAAUGAUGGCAGGGUCUGCAUCAUCAGGCCAGACGUGAACCCGGAGAACACGGUGCUGCCCACCACCUUGAAAGAGAUUGCGCUGGCCCAGCUGGACCGGAUAAAGCCACUGAAGCAGACGGUUUUGAAGUUUGCAGCUGUCAUCGGGCCAGUGUUUACCACCCAGCUGCUGUCGCACAUCCUUCCUGAUGGCAUGAGGCACAAGAUGAAUUGCUUGUUGGACAUGCUGGUGAGCGACAACAUCCUUAAGUGGCUGAAAACCACAGAGGUGCCAGAAGAUGUCCGAGAUCCUACCAAGGGGCCAGGCACCUCUCGGCAGGCAGGGAGUGGUGUGGAGAGACCCUCUCCGAGCAAGAAGACCACGGAGCGGCAGUCUGGCGUGCUGGUCUUCUGUGUCCCACUGCCGCGGGAGGCUGCCUACGAGCUGUGGCCCGAGAGACAGCGGGUCGCCUUGCACCGCAAGUGCGCCGCCUUCCUGGAGCGGCACGCGCACAAAUGCAAGAGCUGCGGCCAAGGGGACUUUGUUGCCUUCCACCGCUUCACCGUCACCAGAACCUGGGAGGGAGGGAGCAGUCAGGGCCCUGCUGAGCAGGGUGACCCUCACAGCUGGGAGGCCUUGGUGCUCGCAGGAGAACAGCUGACCAUUUGCUAG